AUGAUUAAUGUGUUUUACACUAUUUUUUUUAGUGCCGGACAAAAACAACUGGUGUGCUUAGCUCGAGCACUUUUGAAAAACACGAAAAUUUUAGUUCUGGAUGAAGCAACAGCCUCGGUUGACAUACAGACAGACAACUUCAUUCAAAACACAAUACGCACAGCAUUUGCAAAGAGUACAGUUAUUACAAUAGCACAUAGGCUAAACACUGUACUAGACUACGACAAAAUCGUUGUUUUGGAAAACGGAACAGUGUUAGAAGUUGGAAAGCCUUCAAUUUUACUUCAAGACAAGGGAUCGAGAUUUCACGAAAUGUGCGAAGAUGCAGGACUUAUUUAACAACAGUAACAUAUCAACAACAGUAUUUGCAUAUCUUUCAAGACGAUAAUGUUUAAAACGUUCGCCGCGCAUAUUCAGCUUUAAAUUGUGCAU